UGUCUUUCUGAUUAUAUUUUAGGUUGAAGAAGUAACUCUUAUGUUUGACCGUACUACAAACAGACACAGAGGUUUCGGCUUCGUCAUAUUUGACAACGAGAAGACAGUGGACAGCGUCUGUGAGGAGCAUUUUCAUGAACUAGAUGGCAAAUUGGUGGAGGUGAAGAAGGCCCAGCCCAAAGAAGUGAUGAUGCCACAGAAUGCAGCAAAGAACAGAGCGGCAAUGAUGCGCAAUCUAUACGGCAUCUAUGACCCCAGCAACACAGAUACAAGUCUACUGGAGUUGAGACUAUUGCAGGCCCAACAUCAACAAACAAACAACAACAACUCGCCCUCGAUGUGCUCAGUCCAACCCGGUCUUACUUCCUCGGUGCCGCUAAUCAUGGACACGGUGGGCAAUGUCAAAGGAUACGCGGCUCCUAAUUUCACGAUAGGGCCACUUGGGCGGGGUUACACAUACGCCCCCUUUCCCCCUUUCUUUUCAGCUUACCAGCAGCCUCCCUUCGCCAUGUGUGGAAGCGGCGGCGGGAUGGGGCGUGGUUCAGGGAACAGAGGUCGACCCCCUCGAGGCACCUCUAUGGGCAUGCCGUCGCAUCCUCACUCAGGGAUUCCGACAUACGCCCCAGGUAUAAUGAUGCCGGCGGCUGGGGUCCCUCCCACGCCCGACCGUCGAGGCCAGACGCCGAUUACCUACUCGUACCCUGAUUAUGGGUCUGCCGGCCCCGCGGGUCGCUCAGCCCCGCCUCCUCCUCCUCGCAACGAGCCUAGUUCCAUGUCACACCAGCCUGAAUAUGGGAGGGACUUUCACCAGCCUCCUGUCAUGCCGAAUAGCUACCAGCAACAGAGCUAUGCACCGUCACCCUCACCCGUUAAUAACCGUUACAACACAACCAACAGUCCGGGACCUAUGGACAUCUAUGGCGGCUCCCAAGACCAGGGAAUGGGAGGUAACUACGUUCCCGCUGCCAGCCCUCAACCGACCCAUGCGUUCGGCAUAGGUUCCCAACCGAAGAGUUUGAUGCAGAGUUAUCACCACAAUGGUUACAUUCACUGAGAGGGCCCUUCAACUGAAAAACUCACAAACGGCUCCAAGACAGGGUAUGGAUCUGGUCAUUAUAACACAGUCUCACAUGGGAGGAACUACUAAACCUUUCGUCUAGUUCUUGGAUGAUAUCUUCAACUGGCUUCGUUCAUUUCAACGGUCCUACUCAUUCACACAUCUAUCUCUAUGGACGUUUUGCUGAUACACACCGUGGAGAAAGAACGGUUUAUGUAUACUAUCAGCUGGUUAGCAUAAAACCAGCAUUAUUUAUCAAUAUUUGUAUGAAACAUUACAGUGUAAGUUUUUCUCCAAAUUUUACUCCUGUUAAUUUAAACUUUGAAAGGAAUAUGUUCAUGAACUGUAUCGUAAGAUGUGAUGGUUUUUAUGUCAAUCAUUUUUUUUUUUAAAUCUUCAAAUACUUAUCUUUUUUUUUUUAAUUUUGCACUUUGCAUGGCUCUUAUAUCUUUGCUAUGAUAUGUCACAGCCGACAAUCAUUUUUUUUUUGGCUGAUGCGUUCUUUUUUUUCUCAAUGAUAACAUUGGUCUGAGCAAUCUAAGGCAAUUUAGGGUGAUAUUAGUGUAUAUAUAUAUUAUCUUGUUCAGUUUUGUUAUGAAUACUUGCAUUUAAAUAUGUUUUGCUUGCUUUCUUUACACAUCUGUUUUUUUUUUAAACUUAUGCAGCCAAUUUAGUCUGCACUCAAUGCAAUGAAAUUAUGAAAGAGAAUAAGUUACGAGAAAUUUCAAAGAUGGAAUAUUUGUGAAAUCGCAUUGUAGCCGAUCGCCCGAUGCAGAUGUUUGUCGGAGGUAGAGGGGUAACCAGUGUAUAUUAAAUGUGAUUAUUUAUUCUAAACAGAAGAUGCAUCUGGUUUCAGAUAAGUCCGUUGUGAAACAGUAAUUUUUUUUUGAUAUCCGGAUCUCUGAAACUUGCAGCAUGCAUGUACGGUGUCUGUGAAGAACACAUACCUCCGAGGAUUGUCCUCUCUCCGUAGGUGCUUUUGGCUAUUCGGGCACAAGUCACAGAAAAGAGGCUUUUGAUAUAUGUAAGACCUUACCAUACAACUCAGAAACACAAUCCAUUCAGGAAUUCAGAUUUCUAGCAUUGGCUUAUUAUGGUGGUAAUUUUCAUCGGACAUUUCUACUUACUUUUUGAGGAUAAGAAAUAUGGAUUGCUGUUUCUUAGCUUGUGAAGGUUGAUGGUGGCCAAGGGCGGAUAGUUAGGAAUUGGGUAGGCAGAAUAUUUUUUCGAGCAACAUGUGCCAUUGUUGGAGAAGCUAGAGAGAGAGUAAAACAGAAAGAUAAACAAACUUGGCACAUUGCCUAUAGCAUGUGACUUGUAGUAAAGUGCAUGAAAUCGGAAGAUUGGAGAUAUUUUUAUUCACUUAAUUGCACAAUUCCAUCAAUAUUUGUAUCAUCUAAUUGACAAUCUCAAUCUAUGAAUUCUGUACAAGUUUUGUAAUUCUCAGCAAUAUUUAAGGAAAAAGAGGAAAGAAUUGAAUUGCCAAAAUUUGUUUGUGUGAAUUGAUUAUCCUUUGCUUAGCUAUGUGAUUAUGUGUUUUUUAAUUGAGAACUAUUUUUGAAACGUCGUUGUAGUCAUCUCUCUCUCUCUUUCUUUCUUUCUUUCUUUGUAACACUUCUCUGAGUUCAAUUUUUCACAAGGCUGUCUUUUCGAAGAAUUAAAGACACAAAUCAAAUGCCAUACACAAUGAGUUGAUUACAGGAGUUUGGUAUAUACCAUACACUCCACAUUCUAUUUUAUGCUUAGAAAAAGAGUCAGUUUAUGCUUUCUACUUUCAAUUUCAAAAUUGAAAUCAUGGAUUAUAAUGAAAUUUGAGAAUCUCUUGGAGUGAGCGUGGAAGAACAUACAUUUUCUUCUUUUUUUUGACAGUGUCUGUCUGAAAUGUACUCAUGAAAUUAACCAAAAUUUGACAGAUUUUGCCUGAAUCAUGUACUAAAAUUUCUAUUACCUAGGCUGCUGUAAGAAACGUCAAAUGAAUCGAUGGAAGAAGCUCCGGGGUGGGUUCAAAAUAUCACUGUACAUAAUGAUUCUCAGGUUGGCCGGUACUCUGGUUGUAUGCGAUAGAAAGGAAGAAGCAGGAGACAAAUUUUAUCAGAAUUUUGAAUUUGCACUCGCGAGGUGCGAAGAAAUAGCUGUAAUAUAUCUGGCAUGAAUCCAAAUGGGGCGAAGAAUCCAAAUUGGCUCUGCAUCCAUCCUCUGACUCCAAGGGAUGUGUAACCACUGUGAUGUUUCAAUGAUGAUCGUGUAUUUGAUGAAUGUGUAUGAGAGUGUUUGGGUAAAUGUGUGCAUUUUGACUUGUCCUCUCUGUUUGUCCAUUGUAACGAUGGAGCUAUAUCUCUUGUUGUAUGUUUUGUGUGUUUUCUUCCUUCCUCUCAACUCAGGGUUGAAAAUAUUUUAAAAAAAAAAAAAAUACAUUAACAGUGGUUUCAGCAUUGAUUCUGUUUUCUAUGAAAGAUGUUUGGAAAAAAGGUGAAAUCAACUGAACGUUUUAAAAAAAAUUAUAAGAAAUAAUAAGUUUGAAAUGGAAUGAAUGAUAUUGUAAUGUAGACUGAUUUUACGACUAAGUAGUGGAGUUGUUAUGUUUCCGUGUUUAGGAGCCAAAUCUUUCCACUCUGUUCUUCUGAGUUGACCUCUAGGUUCGUUAAUUCCCCUUGGAAGAAAGAUCCAAUCUAGUUGUACUAUCAACAACAACAAAAACAAUAUUCUAAGAAGUGCCAACGUAAUUGUUAACCAAAAUAGGGUCAUUCAUUGACCUAUUUUGUUAUCAACAAACAUUCUAAGAUUUGAUUUCAUUUGAUUUUAUUCUUUACACUCAGUCUUGUUCUUUUCACAUCUUUUGUUUAGGUCAUUUUUUUUGUUAGCUCGUAUGUGUUGUAUCAUGGCUUUUUAAAUUAUUCUCUCAUUUUUUAUAUAUAUAAAUAUAUAUAUAACUCAAUUACUUGUGAAGCAUAUAAUAAGGUUCUGCUAUUCAUUUUAUUCUUGGUUGUGUAUUGACUCUCUCUUGUACAUUUAUCGGUAAGUUAUUGUAGCUAUGACACCUAGUAUCGGAGGUAGAAGUAGUAAGGUAGAUUAGAAGUACUUGUAAUUACGUGGUUGUGGUGAUCGUAGAUUGUGCACUAAGUAGUAGGUAUACCAUGUCUAAGUCAGUGUAAGAAAUUAAGUGUAGAUAAUCUGAUAAAUUUGUGAUUUUGAAGUGACAUAGGACUGGGGGCGUACCCCCCUUCUUCAUUGUCUUUUGCUCCCUUUUCUCCCCCCUGGAAAAAAAAAGUUUAUAUCAAAUCUCUGCUUUGUCUAUAUCUCUAUAUAUGCACAGUUUCAGAUAUCUUAAUUAGCUUGUGGAGAUUGUUUAUACUCUUGUCUAAGACAAGAGAAAAAGAAUUAUAUGGCACAUAUGACAUGGUUCCGACUGCCAGUAGUUGCCAUGACAACGUAGGUUGUGUAUGGCAUAGAUAACUUAACAUGUCGAUUCACAGCAUGUUAGUUUGCAUCACAUGGAACAGAAGCACAGGACCUUGAAUUAUUUUAUGAAAAAUUUGACAUGAAACUGCCACCAAGGUCAUAGUUCAAAGGUCAUGGAUAGCAGGGCUUGUUUUGUAAGAGAACGGAAAUGAUUUGAGAGGAAGAAAAUCUUGCAAGUCGACGUAAAAUAAUAUGAAACGGUCAAGUUUGAAAUAUCCUUAUUGGAAAUGUUUAGAGUGCAUGCGUCAAAGAAUAGUGUUUUAGAGUAAGCAUGGUGAGAGAUAACUCUUUUAUUAUCUUUACUCAGAUGUGUAGUAUCUGUAGAUUGGAUAUAGAAACCAAAAAAUAAGAGAUGAUAUAACAAAUCUCCAGAAUAUUUAUUUAUGAUAGGAAGCAUUGCUGCGGUUACACAGCGGCUAACAUUAGAGUGAAUCUUGUAGCAUGCGUGCCUUAUGAUAGAAAGAUGGAGAUUUAGCAAUCAACUUUUUGAUCCAAAUGUCUCUGGGAUGUCGAAUAAGAAUGGUCUUCUACAUCCAAAGAAGAAACAGGAUUGACAGACUGGUAGGGAUUGGACUGGAAAUAUUGUGGAAGGAAUAUAGGAUGGGACUGAAAGUUGGUGAAGUGUUUUUGUAGCAGUGCUGGCAGCGCAACCAUAUCAUAUGUACCUCAUUAUUAAGAAGAAGAAAAACCGUGGCUACCUCAAUUCCGCCACUAUUAAUACGAUGGACAACCACUGAUCCACAUCUACGGUGACUGUGUACACUGAUUGCUUUAUCAACAUGCUUUUCUCAAUUUGUACAAGAAGCCUGUAUAUGUAGCAGCUCACUAGCAAGACAACUGAUUUCGUACAUAUUUAUAUUCUGCUUAUCGAGCUAGCCUUCCCCUCUCAAUAAUGUUGGGUAUAUAUAGCAUCCAUGUUUGUAUAUGGUCAUUCAUGAAACAUAUCCACACAAUCAUAUACUGUGGAUUAUAUAUAUCGUAUUGUAUGGUAUACAAUUGAGUCCAUUUUUGGUUGUUGCUAUGAGCACGGUUUGUUCACAGGGUGCCGGCUUGAUAUCAUGUAGGGUUUUAGAAAAGCAGGCAUCUUAAAAAGGAGACGAUUCUUAGUUGUUUAUUUUGGUAAAACUCUAUUUAUUUUUUAUGGGAGAGGGAAGGAAGGUUCUAUCAGAUAUUAUGGGAGGUUCCUUAAUAGUUUUUCUCCUUUUUUUUUUGUUUCCAAAAUUGGUAGGUCUUUGUGAAUCUUAUUAUUUGAGAUGUCAUAGACACGAGCUUCAAAUCACGGGUAUCCUUAUAUUUUGUACAAAUAUUGUGAGAAAAGCUGUAAUGUAAACAGAGACAUGAAACAUCUUUGUGUCGCUUUUCGAACAAAUGACGGGGAUUUAUAAAAAAGUGGAGAUCACAUAUCUGGGAAAAUAUGAAUGUUGUGAUCUAUGAUGACUGGAUUUUUUAAUAUUAUGAAAAUUUGAAAAAAAAAUGAAAUGAAAUAAUUUUAUGUCUAAUUGUACAUAUGGAGAAGAUACCAAAAAUGUAUUAUUGACAUUUUAUUCAUCAGAGGGCUGGAAUGUAGACUAAUCAUGCAGAUAGGAUGUAGGGAGAUGCCUCCGGCAAUCUAAGUAAUAGACAGAAAAUAGUGUAGUCCUUUAACAGAGUGAGCGGGAAUAUUUAUGAGACCCUGAAAAAAAGUGCAACAUAGACAAAUUAUUGAGAUAGUAAAAGGUGUUCUAUCUACUCCUCUCAUUUUUUAUUUCGUAGAGAAAUUAUGAUUUUAAAGAAAUAAACAACAACUGACCUACAUUAUGUUGGCUGUUAUUCCUCCCAAAGAGAGGGAGGAUGGUGUGAUGAACUUGAAUGGUCGUAGAUUUAGCAAAGAUUUUUAAUGUACAUUUUCAAACUGCAAUGAAUUCUUUUUGUAAUGAUGAACGAUAUUAAAGGAGUAUGAUACAUCUCUUUGGGAAGAAGAACAGCUAGCAUAAUGGGGAGAAUCAGCUUUCUUGUCACGUACGACCUUUUUGCAGUGAGAUUCCAAUUGCCAAUCAUGUGAACAAGUUCAUAUGUCCUUACAACUUGUCGUUCUUGUAUAGACUUACUUGUCCAUGGACCAAUCACAUUUGAAAUUUAAGAUGUUCUUUGUUUUAUUUUGUUUCUUUUUCCUUGAAAUGUGCUCUUUUAAGUUGACUGUCGUGUCUUGUUCUGCUAAAAACAGCACCAACUAUAAUAUAUGAGGAAGGUGUUAUAAUGCCCAUAUUUUUUAUAUAGGCUUGUUUUGACUAUUUAUUCAAUUAAUAGUUGUCUAGUAAGAUUGCUGUGAAAUGGGCGCUUCUAUCGUGGCAGCCUCUCUCUAUUUCGUAAUUUAAAACAAUUUUUGCAAUAUUGUGCACUAAGAUUUCUACUUAUUAUGAACACCUACCAAAUGUCCGCACUAGAAUGAAAUAGUAGACUAUUUUCUUCUGCAUAUUUUAAAUUUAUAUGAAGUAUUUAGCCAUUAACUUUUGUUUUUAAGUUUUUCUUUUACUCUAUCUGUGGUCACUGCUUCAAUUUUUUUUUUCCAUUGACACGAAAGUUGUUUCUCGCUUUGUUGUUGUCCAGUUGAACUUUGUGUAGUUGUAAAUGGUAGGGUGAUGUUAAUAAUGCACUGAUGAAAUCACACUAAAAAAUGAAAUGUUAAAAUAUUGAUAAUAAAUUCUGUUUGACUUCUGAAAA